AUGCUUCUCAUCUUCACGGUGAUAUCUUGUUUCCUGCUGAAUGUCGCCUCCUACGAGACCCUAAAUGGACAGGCAAAAUCAGCUUUCAAAGAACUCAGCGUCAUUUUAAACAGAAAAAUAGAUUGGAGUGAUGAGCUGGAAAAGAGGGCACUGGAAUAUCUGCAGUCUCCGGGUAGUGUGAAGGCCGACGUGAUUAUCAAAGGAAAAAAGACUUUCCCGAAGGACGAUUCCUCACCACUAGGAGUAAAGACCUGGAAUACCUUCAAAGACCGCUUCAAGAAAAACGAAAAGAAAGUUCGUAAUCUUCCCGAGGGUUCAAAGUACGGAUGCAAUCUCAUCUUCAAAACCACGGCAAAGAACCAGAUCCUGAAUGGCGUCUGUCUCUACUAUAAGAAGAAGUGA